AGGAGAGUACCUGACUGUCCGAGGAGACAUCAGGAAACCUGUCGACACUCUUCGAUGUUGGAGGCGUGGUUGGAUGAGUCUUAGCCGCCGGAUACAUCUCUGAUCAACUGGACGGAAGAGCCAUCACAGCAGCAGGAUUCAUCUACUUGUCUUCGGACAUAUCUCAAUGACCAUCAAUGUCAUCCUCAUGUUCACAUCACGAGUCUUUGUCAAUGAACCAUUCGCUCUCAUCACAACAGCUGAUCUCGGAACACACAAAUCUCUAAAAGGCAAUUCAAGGGCUUUGGCUACAGUCACAGCUAUCAUAGACGGCACAGGAUCCGUAGGUGCUCCGACUGGACCGGUACUCACUGGUUACAUCUCUGCUAUUAGCUGGGACGCAGUGUUUUACAUGUUGAUGACUGCAGCUUUCAUCUCUGGAUUGCUUCUCACUAAACUAAUCAUAGCACAAGUCAAAGCUAUAUUGUUUGGAUCAGAAGAUGAAGUAGCUUCAUCAUCAUCAUCACCAUCACCAGCAAGCAGAGCUCCCAUUGAUCUCCUCAUUUAA